AUGCUCCCGCCAAGUCUUUCGUGUAGAGCCUGCAGUCCCUCCUGCACCCUACAAGCCACCUUCUUUCCCCGACUCCGGACCUCAGCCGCGACUUCUCACGCCUUGGGCGCCAAGGCUUUCCACUCAACCCCUGCGCGUCUUUCGAAUUCCUCUCCACCCUCGCGCAUAUCCUAUCGCGUUGCUGUCUCGUCCUCGGGCAAAGGUUGCCGCUUCCACCCCCUCAAAAAUGCAUAUAAUUUCGACCCUAGCAUUUCUAGCUUGAUCGGCGUUACGAAGGAUAAGAACCCAACUGCUCGCCGCCGUGGACGGCCAGAUAGCGGUGAGGAUGCUUUCUUUGUGAGUCGGAUUGGCUCCGCCAGCGCGGACUCGGAUGCAGUCGCCUUCGCGGUAGCAGACGGCGUCGGUGGAUGGACUGAAUCCCGUGUUGAUCCGGCGGACUUCUCACACGGCUUAUGCGGGUAUAUGGCAGAGACGGCGUUGGCCUGGGGUAAAUCCGCCGAGAAGUUACGGCCUAAGCAGCUGUUGCAGACGGGCUAUGACCAAAUCGUUGCGGAUCCGACUAUCAAGGCCGGAGGCAGUACUGCCUCUGUUGGUGUCGCGUUACCGGAUGGACGCGUUGAGCUGGCUAAUUUGGGCGACUCGGGUUCUGUUUUGCUUCGUCGUGCGGCUGUUCACCAUUACUCGAUUCCGCAGACACAUGGCUUUAAUACGCCAUACCAACUUAGUAUUAUCCCUCCUCGCAUGCGUGCUCAGGCAUCUACGUUUGGUGGAGCGUAUCUUGAGGACUUUCCCCGCGACGCAGCCGUCACGAAUGUGCAAAUGCAGCACGGUGAUGUGCUGAUGCUUGCCACGGAUGGAGUCUUCGACAACCUCAAUAACCAGGACAUCCUCAAGCUGGUAACCAGCCGGAUGAUUCUUACGGGUGCUUGGACUGCUGCUCCGGAUGUCGCGGUGAAUGUAUCUAAUCACUUGGCUGCAUUGACUGUGCCCGGUGGUCUUGCUGAGGCCUUCCAUCCUCCCUCAUCAUCUGAAUCUACAAGAGACGACCACGACGAUUUGUCAAAACGCUUAGAAUCCAACUUGACACUCCAAUCUCUCCUCGCGGCCUCUGUCGCCGGCGAAGCCAAACUCGCCAGUGUCGAUUUUCGCCGUGAUGGACCGUUUGCCAAAGAAGCUCAGCGCUACUACCCGGGCGACUAUUACCGCGGUGGCAAGGUCGAUGACAUUUGCGCUUUGAUACUCGUCGCAGUAGACGAAAGUCUCGUGGCUAGCUCCGAGUAG